AUGUUGAACAACAACAACAACAACAACAACAACAACAACAAUAGGCCACUCAAAGUGGUUCACAUCUCUAACCCUAUGAAGUUCCAAGUUGCCGCGGCCGGGUUUCAAGCCCUUGUACAAGGGCUCACCGGCCGCGACGCUGUAGUGGAGUGGCCUAUAGACCAUGAUGAAAGCCAAGUGGUGGCUACUAAUGAUGAUUCAACUGAUGGUGGUAAUAAUAGUACGGAUGAUCAAAGUAAUGAGGUCAAUGGUAGUCAACUAGAUGAUCAUCAAGAAGAUGAGGAUCUUCGAGCUUUUAUGGGUGAUGAUGGUCAAUAA